AUGGCGACUCAUAAGUCUCAAGAUCUAACCAAGCAUAGGUCCGUCCAGACUGUGUCAGAAGUGAAUCCUGAUGAAGUAACGCCCUUACUUUCCGGUGAAACUGACCGAUACGAUGAAUUGGAGGAAAAUGAACGAGCCGAGCCACCUACGGGUACACAAACACCAAAAGAUGAAGAGCAAAGAUCCGUUUUCGGGAUCCUAUCUGUUCUUCUCAUAGGAGUCUUUGUCUCCCAAGCAGACACUUCUUUGGUUCUAGCCACCUAUGGAGCCAUUGCAUCUGAGUUCAAUGAUCUUCAAAACGCCAGUUGGCUUUUAUCAAGCUAUAUGCUAGCCAUGUGCAUGGGCCAGCCAUUGUACGGUAAACUCAGUGAUAUCUUUGGACGCAAGUUUAUGCUUCAGUUCUCAUAUGGCUUGUUCGCUGCUGGCAGCCUACUCUGUGGUUUCUGCCAAUCCAUGCCACAGCUGAUUGUCGCCCGCUCCAUACAGGGUCUGGGUGGUGCUGGAAUGGUGUGCCUCGUCUCAAUCAUCAUUACCGAUCUUGUACCUCUCAGAGACGUUGCUACAUAUCGAAGCUACGUCAACGUUGUUCAAACUGUCGGCAGAUCCUCAGGCGGUGCUGUUGGAGGUUUCCUUGCACAAGCAGUAGGUUGGCGGUGGGCACUUGCUGGCCAGGCUCCUCUGACCAUCUUUGCAAUGCUUCUCGUCGCCUUUAACCUAAAGGUCCCACAGAGGAGUCAGGACUCAGAAGACGCGACCAAGAGCAGCCUCGCCUCAAAGCUACGAAGGAUAGACUUUGCCGGCGCAUUAUUUAUGAGCGUGACCAUCUUGUCUUUCUUGCUUAUCGUGGACAUUGGCGGCGAAAAAGUCCCUUGGACAUCGAUUCUCAUCUACUCUCUCGGGGGAGUAGGGUUGGUGAGCGGGCUGCUCUUUGUGAUGGUAGAGUCCCGCGUAGCGGAGCCUAUUUUCCCUCUCCACCUUCUUUCCAGUCGCGCUGUUCUGACACCAUUUGUCAUUAUCACAAUGCAAAAUGCCUCUCAAGUUGCUUUGAUGUUUUUCAUCCCUCUUUAUUUCCAAAUUACCAAAAAUGCUACAACUGGAGAGGCAGGGGCCUACAUGGUUCCGUCAAUCGUUGGUAACACAGCGGGAGGUCUUCUUGCUGGCUUUCUCAUCAAGCGAUAUGGCCGUUACAAGCUUCCGACAGUCUUUGCCGCCCUUAGCUCAGCUUUCUGUUUUACUCUUCUCCUCAUCUUCUGGCGUGGCCACACUUCUGUUUUACAGUCACUGUUUGUGUUCCCGGGUGGUUUCGCAACCGGCAUUGCGCACUCGACCACCUUUGUUGCGCUCGCAGCUGGGGUUGGAGAACACGACUUGGCUAUUGCAAGCUCGGGAUUGUAUCUUAGUGGCAGUGUAGGAGCCGUAGCUGGACUAUGCUCUGCAAGUGCCGCUUUCCAAAGUGCUCUGAGAUCAGCCCUGCGCAAGGCCCUUAUUGGAGGCGGUAUUGACAAUACCCUUGAGGUAAUCCGGAAGGCAUUAUCUGACAUCACCUAUGUCCAAAGCCUAAGGGGGGAGGCUCACAGCUUAGUUGUCGGAGCCUAUGUUUCUAGCUUUCAGGUGUCUUUCCUACUUUGCAUUGGGUUGGCCAGUGCUUGCCUACUGGCUUCGCUGUCAUUGUACGAGAAGCGGUUGUUGUAG